AUGUCGACUCCAGAUGCCCUUCCAGGGCCCUCCGCGCCCGGGCAAACGGCAACUGUGCACCCCAUCGUCCGUAAUGCUUUGCGCAUCAGUCUGAGCGUGAAGGAGUACCAAACGCUCCACGAAGUCGCCGUCAAACGCGCCCCAUCUCUGAAAGACAAGCUUCCCUCUCCAUCGCAUUAUGAGAGCAUGGCGAACCCGAAGAAUCGGCACACCGAGGCCGCUCUUCGCACGUCGUUGCGUGUGCUCGUGGGCUCGAGUGUCGCGAUGAAGCUGGUGGAGGUGGUGAUGAAGCGGAUUCGAGGCGAUACGAAACAAAUACCUGCUAACGCCACAUCACUACAGAGAGAAGACUCGCAGCCCGCUGCACCGAAGCCCCAUCUUCCGCCUUUCGGUCUCUAUGUCACUCCUGCUCCUCUUUCACCGACUCCUAUAUCGCUUCUUCGUCAGACUCCGUGCAAAUCUCCGCACCGAGGAUGCGAAGCCCUUCAGGAGCGAAACCCGCGGGUCUCGCGCGCGCUCACGUCGCGCUUUGCGCCGGCCGUCGGGGCCAGUUUAGCUGGAUUCGCUUUGGCGAUCACGCGACAAGAGCAGCUGCGUUUGACGGCUGCUAUCUACUGGUCGACCCGGAGUCUGGAAUUCUUGUUUAAUAUGAUGGAUGAGAAAGGAUGGUUGGCCCAGCGCCCAUGGUGGUUCGGCAGCUGGCUGCUUAUGCCGAUCUCUUGCGCUCAGCUCUUCCAUGCCUUUGUGUUUGAUCGUGAGACUACGCCUAAGUGGUUUGGCAAUGCCAUUCUCAAGCUCUCGCCGAGCUACAUCCCCGGCCGACCGGAGUCACUCCCUGCCAGCAGCUCCUGGCCUGAGAAGGAUCAAAUCGUGGAUUCUCUCGCAUCCAUUGCGGAUCUGCGCUGGCCGAAAUUCGUGUCGCCCAUUCUACACCCGACCGACCCUCAUACCCUCCCAUCCGUGGUCAAGUCAAUUUCUCCGAUUACAGGUCCUGCGCACCCCUCAAUUACGAGCCUGUCAUGCGCUCUGCUUCACCCAGGUGUUCCAAACUGCAGCACAGCGUUCCUGCACCACAUUCUUCUUUCGGUGCCCCCGCUAGCCCGCUUCCUGGCCACCGUGACGCUGGCACUGACCAUCCCCAAAUUCAAGAGCGUUCUCGCUCAGCCAUUCACAUCCAUUAACAAUCUCUCCAAGCGGAUUCUUAUGAUGACUGCUGUACUGUCAGCCGCCAUCGGGUCCGCUUGGGGCAGCAUCUGCCUUCUGAAUGGCGUUCUUCCUCGCUCCACACUCCCCACCAAGCGUUUCUUCCUUAGCGGAGCUAUUGGCGGUCUUCCAUUUAUGUUUCUGGGUAAUAGCCGCAGCGUGUUUAUGUAUUUCUUCCGCGCCGGCGUGGACUCGGCCUGGAAGACGGGUGUCAAGCGUGGACUAUGGAAAGGUGGUCGUGGUGGUGAAGUCUGGCUCUUUGUUCUCUCCUGGGCAGUGAUCGGAUCGAUUCUCGAGGCUCACCCGGGUGCGGUGCAGGGCCCCGGUAUUCGCAAGUCCUUAGCGUGGAUGCGGGGAGACGGGUGGGUCGACCCUGAAGAGAUUGCGAAGCGCAAGUUGCGACGGGGGAACGAGGCGAAGACCGAGAACUGA